AUGGAAGAUUAAAAGUCAAUAAUCCUUUAAAAGCUUCAGAGUAACACUGUUAAUAUUCGAAAUCUAAGUAUUAUUGCUCACGUCGAUCACGGUAUGUUUAUAGUAUUAAACCCAAGGAAAAACAACCUUAACAGAUCAAUUGAUUUCUGCAAACAAUAUAAUCUCAAAAAGGCUGGCAGGAAAUCUUAGAUAUAUGGAUAGUAGAGAAGAUGAAUAAUUGAGAGGUAUCACAAUGAAAUCAAGCUCUAUAUCAAUAAUAUAUGAAAAUCAUCUGAUUAACUUAAUUGACAGCCCAGGCCAUGUUGAAUUUUCUUCUGAAGUUCAAGCAGCAUUGCGUUUAACGGAUGGGGCACUAGUACUGGUGGAUGUUUUGGAAGGAUUUAGUUCAUAAACAUUUAAUGUUUUAAAACAAAUGUUUGAGGAAGGUAUAAAAGGAAUUCUAGUCCUGAAUAAGGUAGACAGAUUAAUUUUGGAAAAACAAAUGGACCCUGACCAAGCCUUCAUUCACAUGUCCCAAAUUAUAGAAUAAGUGAAUGCAGCUUUAAGUUCAUUUUUAAAUGAAUAAAUUCAUUAGGUUGAGGAAUAAAAAGAAUUUUCUUUAGAUGAUGAUUAUAUUACGAACUUGGAAUCUAAUCUAUAUUUUUGUCCUACAAAAAACAACGUUGUUUUCUGCAGCAGUAUUGAUGCUUGGGCAUUUACAGUAGGAACUUUCUCUGCAAUAUUUGCUAAGAAACUUAAAUGCAAUUAAUAAGCAUUAUAAAAGUGUCUAUGGGGAAACUAUUAUUUUAAGAAUAAAAAAGUUACAAUAACUCCAAGCAAGGAGGGAUAAUCAGUUUUAUUUGUCGAUUUCAUUCUAAAGAACAUUUGGAAUAUCUACAAUAAUAAAGAUAACAUUUAAAAAAUAUAAUCCAUUGCUACCCAACUAUAAUUGAAUGGAUAGAUUGCUAAUUAUAAGUAACUAAUGACUAAAUGGUUACCUUUUGAUUAAUGUCUAUUUGAUAGAAUAAUAAAAGAACUACCCAACCCAAUAGAAGCUUAGAAAUCUAGAAAAGAUAUCAUUUGUAAAAGAAUAAAUAGGCUAAUCACUAAGAAUUACGAUGCUAGGUAUGAUGAAUUAUAUUAAUCCAUUUAAAAUUGUGACCCUAAUGGGCCUUUAGUAGUAUUCGUAUCCAAAAUGGUAAGUAUCCCUCCAGAGUGUGUAGAUGAAAAAUAAUUAAACCCAAAACCUUAAGGAAUAUUAUCAUAUGCUUUUGCGAGAGUGUUUUCAGGAACUCUCCAUCUAAAUCAACCCGUUUAUGUGAUAGGACCUAAAUCUAAAAUCAUCAAUAAUGUUAAUCAAGUUGAUUAAACGGAUAUUUAAUAAUUUGAGAUCAAAAAAAUAUAUCUCAUGAUGGCUCAAUAUUUAGAGGCAAUUAAAAGGAUGCCUGCUGGUAAUUUAGUAGCAAUAGGAGGUUUAGAUGACUUAAUAUUUAAGACAUCUACAAUAUCUUCAGUCAAUUAUUGCCCAUCAUUUGCUCCUACUUAUGUGAAAUUCAAAUCAAUUGUUAGAACUAUGAUUAUGCCUUCUUAAUAGGAAGAUCAACCAAGGGUGCUCCAAGCCAUCAAAAAAUUAUAUAAAUGUGAUCCAUCAUUAGAUGUUUAAGCCUUAGAUUCUGGAGAACUUGUAUUAGGAACUUGUGGCGAAGUUCAUUUAUAAAGAUGCAUAACUGAUAUCGAAAAAUUAGCUGAUUGCAAGGUAAAAAUCUCAGAACCAAUUAUACCUUUCAAAGAAACCAUCAUCUAUAAGAAUAUGUUGGAAGAGAGCAAUGAGAAAUAUCAAAAAAAAAUGGCCAAAGUGUUAGUGCAAGGAGGAUAGAAAUAAAAAAAAUAACAAUAAUUUGAGUAAAAAACCAAGGAUGAUGAUAUAGAUGUUGAAAAAUAGAAAUAAUUUAAAUAAAAGUUGUAGGAAGCUGAGGAAACUGAAAUUGUCAAAGACACCAAUAUUUUAGAAUAGGAGGAUAUCAGGUACAAUUAAUUAUUGAAGGAAGAAAUUAAAUUCAAAUAUGAUUAAAAAUCAUAGGUGAAGAAAUUAGAUCAUAAGAAUAAGGGAAAAUAAGCAACUAAGAAUAAUUUAUUAGUUGAAGUCUAGACUAAAAGUAAUCUUGUUGAAGAAUUCACAGCAAAUCAAAAAAUUGCAGUUAAGGUAAGAGCCAUUGGUUUACCGUUUGAAUUAGCAACUUGGAUAGAAAAUAACUAAAAGUAGAUGAGAAAACUGCUAUAUGAGAAUAAAGGUGAUCCUAAACAGUUUUUAGAAGAAUUUGAUACGAUCCGUAAAAGUCUUAAAAUAGAGAAAAAAUUGAACGAGCUCAUUGAAAAUCAUUUGUAAUGUUUUGGUCCAAAGAAGUUUGGUCCCAAUCUAUUAAUAAACAAAAUGAUAAAAUCAGAGGAUUCCUUAAUAUAAAAGUUGAGACAACAAAUCUAAAACUAACAACCUUUGAUAUAAUAAUAACAAAUUAUCUAAUAAGACUUUUAAUAGUAAGCUGAAGAAUAAAAUUUAAUUUAAUUGUAGUAAAAUGAGGAAAAAGUAGAAUCUACGAAGGAUAGUAAAUCUUAAUUAAGUGAUACAACUGGAUCGAUCGCCAAAGGCUUAGAAUUGUAUUUAAGCUAAUAAGAUUUAUCAUAAGAUGCGAUGAAUAAUGCGAUUAAUUUAGGAUUUGACUUAGCUCUAAAUGCUGGACCAUUAUGCUCAGAGCCUAUUAUUGGAGCCUGCUUUAUCAUUGAACAAUUAAAAUUUUCAGAAGAUGAACAAUAAUAAUAGGAUACUUAUGGACCUAUUAGUGGUUAAUUGAUAUCAGCAAUGAAAGAUGCUUGCAUAAAUUCCUUUUUAGGAGCUUAACCAAGAUUAGUAGAAUCAGUUUAUAAAUGUACACUUUAGACCGAUUUUACGAAUUAUGGCAAAAGUAUAGAUGUACUGAAUUAAAGGAGAGGUAAUGUUGUAAAUGAGGUUUUGAAUUCUUGCACUUCUUUAUUCACAGUUUAAGCUAAGUUACCUCUAAGCAGCUCUUUCGAUUUUUAUUGUCAAAUAUAGUCAGCUACAUCUGGACAUGUUUCUGCCCAAUUAGAUUUUGAUGGAUGGUCAAUUCUUCAAGAAGAUCCAUUUUAUUAACCAUUCACAGAUGAUGUAAUAAAUUGUAUUAAAUUUAGGAUAUUGCUGAAAAUGGGAUGUAGAAAGUUGAAAGAAAUACAGCUCGUGAUCUAAUUAUGGCAACUCGUAAAAGAAAAGGAAUGAAUUUUGAAGAAAAAAUAGUUGUGGCAGCAGACAAACAAAGAAAUUUAUCAAAGAAAAAAUGA